AUGAGUGAUGGUUUAACAAGAUUUCGUAUAGGAAUAUCUAUAGUUUUUUCUAUCACGCUCUUAAUAUUCUUCUUUCAACUAUGGUACGUUUUAUGGCGUCGCAGAUUACACCGGAGACAACAUCUGACUACCGGUGAUGAGUCAGACAUCAACAGUACCAUCGACACCACUGGUAGCAGUACUCCUUAUUAUUCCAAAGAGCUUCUUUACUUCUUUUGCUGGAAAAAUCAAGCAGGAAUUGAUCAACCAGUGUUUCCUUCUUCAACUACUGGCGAUAAUACUACUACUGAUCAUAAGGGGGCUGACUCUAAUGAUCAUGAGUUGGAUGUAUCAAAACUGCAGGAACUGUAUGGGCUGUUUACGAUCAAAGAAGACAAAGAAGAAUUUGAGUACUUCUCUGAUCAUGAUAAUCUUGGUGAUGAUGAAUCCAUUUCUUCUAUAGAAAACACCGAUAACAUGGAAAGGGUUUCUUCGGAGAAGAGUUCUGAUGACGAUGAUGAGUGUGAUUCAAUGGUGACUAUAGUGAUCCAUGAUGAAGAAGAAGAUAUAGAAAGUAGUACUUCUUAUUCAACUCCUUGUAAUUCACCUCCUUACUACACUCCAUCUCCGUCCCCUUCUCGUGAUGAUAAUCAUGAUGAAAUUGAUCAAGCUUAG